AUGCAGUUCUCUCUUCUCAAGCUCGCCACCUAUGCUGGUCUCAUCCAGGCCGCCGCUGCCGCUGUCCCCGUCGGUACCCCGAUCACCAGCUGCACUGUCGACAAGAACAUCGCCCUCACCUUUGACGAUGGUCCUUUCGAAUACACCACCGAGCUCCUUGACCAGCUCAAGAAGUACGGCUACAAGGCCACUUUCUUCCUAAACGGCAACAACUGGGGCAACAUCAACAACUACAAGUCUGUUGUCCAGCGCAUGAUCAAAGAGGGUCACCAAGUUGGCUCCCACACUUACAGCCACCCUGAUCUCGCUACCAUCAGCAGCGCCGAGAUCCGCACUCAGAUGACCCGUCUUGAGGCUGACUUCCUCAACAUCAUCGGAAAGUACCCUACCUACAUGCGAGCUCCCUACUUCAGCUACGGCUCCAACGCUCUCCCCGUCAUGAAGACUCUCGGCUACCACGUCAUCGGUGCUGAUGUCGACACUCUUGACUGGGAGUACAACACCCCUGCCGAGACCGACAUUGCUCUCAAGCUCUUCAAGCAGGGUACCACUGCUCUCAAGACCAUUUCUCUCUUCCACGAUGUCCACGCCAACACUGUCCGCAACCUCAUCCCCAAGGUCCUCGACGCCGUCAAGCGCAGCACCCGUAUCCCCGUUACCGUCGGCCAGUGCCUCGGCGACCCUUCUGCUAACUGGUACAAGACCACCAAGCGCACCAAGCGUGACCUUGAGGAGGUUGACGCCAUUGUCGAGAAGGAGGUUACUGAGCGCGCUCUCUCCAACUACAUUGAGCACUCCCGCUUCCGCCGCACCACCAAGGCUUAA